CCGCUCUAAACGCAACAUCCUCACCAGGACACCCUCCCAUCAAUCGCCUUCUACAAGCCCCCAAACCCCCUGCCAAUUCCAUCUCAUUGCAUCCCAAACUCGCGACAUGCAGCUCUUCAACCUCCUCAUCGUUCUCCCGGCCAUCGCCGCCCAUGUAGCCGCCAUUCCCGCAGAACCCCGCGCCGACAUGACAGUCCAGGCGGGCUGCAACAACAAGAUCGGCCGCUGCGACAAGAACAACUGCACGCCCAAGUUCAACUCGCCGUGGGACCUGGUCGGCACGUGCAGCGCCGGCGAGUUCAACGGCUGUCCGUGCGACAAGUGCAACGGGCAGACAGACAGUUGCUCCAAGAACGGCUGCAACGGCGUUCGUGGCAUUUGCCAGUCUGGGAAAUACCAGGGCUGCGCCUGCGAUUAGGAGAGCGGCGGCGCGAGUGCUUCAGCCACGUAGCGUACGGUGGCGGUCGAGUAUGCAUCCAGAGGGGUUGCUUCUGGGUUCUUGUUCUCCUCCGUGGUGGCUGGGCUGGGUGGUGUUUUGGGCAGGGCAAUGUGUAUUCGUCUGUCG